ACCGUGCUUGCGCGGAUCUUGAGUGAAUGGCCGCGUGUUUAUAGUGGGGCUUGUGGCUACAGUCAGGCGUGGAUUAUUUGAUUUACCGGGAUGUUUUGGGGAUCAGCAGGUCAGCGGGCGUCUGUCGGGCUUCUCCGCUGCUGGUCCCUGACUGUCAGCCCCUAUACUCUCACACCCACCCGGUGUCCUCUGCACACUCCACGCUCGCUUUCGUUCUCUGCCCCUCUAAAGUCUCCUGCUCAUGAAGAGGUGAAGCAGCCUCUGAGGCGGUGGGAUCUGUCAGUGAGCCCCUUCACCACGGUGCGCGCACAGAUAGGUUGCAACAUAUCCAUCAACCCGCUGGACCCGCACACCUACCCCGAAGCUGAUCGAGCCUUCAUAACAGUCCACGGGCCAGACAAGGAGCAGGAAGUCAGUCUGGACCGGUUAAAGGUCCACUAUGAUGACCGGAGCAAAGAGCUCCUAAUAUCCGCUGAGACGGUGGGCAGCGACUUGUCCAUCGAAAUGUCUGCACCCAUCAAAAGCAAUCUCUUCAUUACUACUCAAGGAAAGGGAAGCGUGCAAGUUAAGAAUAUGGAGUGUGAUAUCUGCAAGGUGCGAACAGAAAAGGGGAACUGCCUGCUGCACUCUGUCAAGGCUCAUCAGGUUGAGGUGCAAUCCCACGAAGGGCAUGUUACAGGUGGGGGCACAAUCAAUGGCAACGUGGUCAUCAGCACUGGCGGAGACAGUGCAGUGGAUGUCAAGAAGCUCCAGGGCACCAAGAUGAAUGUGUCAACAGAGCACGGCCCUCUGAAGGUCAAAGCCAUCUACGCGGAGUCCACCUGCAUCUCAUCCCGUUCGGGGAGAGUGAACCUAGGGCACGUGCACGGUGAGACUACUGUGAAGAACGUGUGUGGAGAUACAGUUAUAGAUGGUUCAAAUAGCUUCCUGAAGGUUUCCUCUGACAGCGGAGGCAUCGAUGUCUACGUGGGAGACGGUGGCAGUGCUGAGCUUCACAGUCAGCAAGGAGCGGUGAGCGUGCGUGUGCCGUCCUCAUUAAGAGCUGGGGUGAGGCUUUGUGGGACGUCGGUGGAUAUCAGCCCAGAGGUUGUUCUCCAUGGAGUAGAAAACAACACGUCUGAAGGCCACACCACAGUUAUUGGCUACAUGAAUGUAGAGUCUCCGGCUAAUCAGUGGGUUAAAGCUCAAGCAGACAGAGGCUCCAUCAGACUGACCGUACAAAGCUGGUUUGAGUCCCGGAGGCUAGUCAGCUGAAUGUCCCGUUUUUUUCCUAGAAUCAUGAUGCAUCGCUGAACUGGGACUUAAAAAAUGUACAAGAAAGAGCCAAACAUUACUGCAGCUGUAAGAGACUGAAUGCUUAUUUAACACAGGAUAUAUUGCAUUAUAAUCUGAAGUAUAUUAGAAAUGUUCUAUGUGUGUAAGAAGCCACUGUACAUACAGACUGCAGUGAGAUUAUGUGUGCACAAAACUGUUGGUGUUUUGGAUGUUUUAAAAAAAAAAAAAGUUUUGCUCAUAUUUUUUUUUCUUUUUUUGUCCAAGUUUACCGAAUGUUACUGGAAGCUACCUCAAACUAUGAAAGCACCAUUGAAUACCUUGCACCUCUCCACUGUUACUGUAGUAGCAUGAUUAGGUUCAAGUACAACAUUUUACGCAGUUUCCCAGAAGUAAACACGUGCAGAGGUUUACCAA